AUGGCUGAAAACAAAGAAAUCGUUCUCAUCACCGGCGCAAACACGGGUAUCGGCUUCGAAGCCGUCAAGGCCCUCUUUCGCUCUUCGAAGGCCUACCAUGUUCUUCUCGGCAGCCGCAACCCUGCCAACGGCGAUAAAGCAGUCGCUCAGCUCGCCGAGGAGUUUCCUGACACAAAGAGCAGCGUCGAUGUUGUGCAGAUUGACAUUACCGAUGAUGGAGCUAUCAACAGACUCUUUGAAACUGCAAAGUCCAAGUUUGGCAGGGUCGACGUUCUUGUCAACAACGCUGGCGCCAACUUUGAGUCGUUCAACCACAACGAUGGCGGUGAUCCUACCAUGGCUCGCGAGGUUUUCGACAAAGCAUACUCGGUCAACGUCUCAAGCACGCAGGUCUUCACCGCGACAUUCGUCCCCCUUCUGCUCGCAUCCUCAUCGCCACGCAUGAUCUUCCUAACCUCGGGCCUCUCCACGCUGCAGGGUGCACACGAAUCGUUCCUCACAAAAGUUUCAGGGUCCAUUCCGCAGGGCUGGCCCAAGCCGGGACUGCCGACAGCUGUGGCUUAUCGGUCUGCCAAGACAGCGCUCAACAUGGUGAUGUUGUCGUGGCACCAUCUGCUUAAGGGAGAUGGAGUUCAAGUAUGGACUGUCAGUCCGGGAUUCCUAGCCACGGGGCUGGGAGGAAACCCUGAACUGCUGAAGAAGGCUGGAGCUGGGGAUCCAGCUACUGGAGGAGAGCUUAUCAGGAGCGUUAUUGAGGGUGAGAAGGAUGGGGAUGUGGGAAAGGUUGUUGGACAAUCUGGGGUUCAGCCGUGGUAG